CUAUCACACUUAAGGAAAAACAGAAGAAGCUGGCUAAACGAAAAGCUAGGUGAGGUUUUUGGGUCCUCGGGGUUUCGUUCAACACUUUAGAGCAAGAGAGGAAAAUAUUUUCUGCAUCAUCCACGUUUCGCUCUGCAACUUUUGUUUUGAAUUUACCCGAUAUUCCUUGAAAUCGAAUUAAAACCAACAAAAAGAGAACAACUUUGAAGAGAGCCAGAGAGAGAGAUCACAAUGAAGACGACGAAGGGAGGCAAGGUGAUGAACCCUACGGACGCUUACCGGAAGGAGCUCCGAAAGAAGGAGUUGAAAAGGAAUAAGAAAGAAAGAAAGAAGGUGAGGGAGGUGGGGAUCUUGAAGAAGGAUCCCGAGACACUGAAGGAGCAGAUUGAUAAGCUGAAAACGAUGAAGGCUGAUGGUGCUCUGGACAAAGCAAGAAAACACAAGAAGAGGCAACUAGAGGAUACACUUAACCUUGUUAUAAAGAAGAGGAAGGAAUAUGCAGAGAAAUUGAAGGAGAAGGGUGAGGCCCCAGUUAUGUUCAGUCAUUUGGGGCCGCCUAAAAGACGAACUGCAGAAGAAGAGGAGAGAGCGAAGCAUCCGAUGCCUGAGGACUCCGUUUACUACCACCCAACCCUGAAUCCUACUGGGGCCCCACCGCCUGGAAAGCCUCCAAUGUUUAAAUCAUCGAUAGGGCCCAGAAUUCCAUUAUCUGCUGCUUCUUCAAGUGGUGCUGCAUCGUCAUCCUCAACAAUGGAGUCAGAGGAUGCUGCUUUAGCUGUACCUCUGCACGAUUCUGGUAACAAUGGGCCUGGUGAUAGCUCCAUCAUCCCUGAGUCUUUGCCUCUACCUCCUCCACCUCCGUUACCGCCUACCCCUGCGGCUGUAAACCCAGGUAUCUCUUUGCCACCACCUCCACCUCCACCUCCAGGACCCCUGCCUAAAGAGAUUGCUAAUCGCCCUUUACUUCCCCCUCCUCCACCUCUGCAAAAGUCCGCACAGCCACCUCCUCCUGGUAUCAGCAGAAAUGAGAUGGAAACCAGUGAAUCUACAUUGUCUGAUCAAUCAACCUCUAAGGACUCGACGCAGGUGCACACCAUACUUCCUCCUCCUCCUCCGCCUCCUGGUUUACCUCCUAAGUCAACAAAUAAUCAGUCUGACGGUGUAACGUCUGAUACUGAAACCAAUAAUACUCUAGUGACCAAGGAUCUUACUAACAUGCUUCCACCACCUCCUCCUCCAAGACAACAGCCUCCAAUGCCUGGACCCACCCUGAUUCCAAAUUUACAGCCUGAUGUAUUACCCCCAGGUAUCUCUCGUUUCCCUCCACCCCCACCUCCACCAGAUAUGCGGCCACCAUUGUCCACUCCUGGACUUCCCAGUCGACCAGGUCCCCCAGGAAUGAUGGCCCCAAUGAUCCCCAGGCCACCAUAUGGUCCUCCUCCUGGACCACCCCCAAUGAUGAGACCGCCACUUCCACCUGGUCCCCCUCCUACUUAUCAAGAUGAUGAUCAUGCUGCAAACCGAGUGGCUGCUCAUCAGAAACCUUCAUAUGUUAAAUCUGCAGCAUCUACUGUUGUUAAGAGGCCUCUGGCGCAGCACACUCCAGAACUUACAGCCAUGGUUCCUGCGUCUGUUCGGGUAAGGAGAGAGAUGGCUGCCCCCAAAGCAAAAGCAAAACCAUCACUCCCAACCACAGCAGCACCUACCCAGUCAGCAACUCCUUUUGUUAGACAAGAGUCUGUGAACUCAUCGUCAGUACCGAAGCCACAGAGCAUUGACGACUCUUACAUGGCCUUCCUGGAGGACAUGAAGGCGCUUGGUGCACUUGAAAGUUGAUAUCUACCUGGUUAUUGGGCACAAAGAUAGAAAGGGGGAAAGAGGAGAGAACCGUGAAAACAAAAAGGUGGCAUGCCUGUAGCCAAAGGAAACAUAAAUGCACAGCCUAUUGAAGUGGAGCUGAGGACUGAUGGAUAUUCUUUUCGUUGCUGUUAACUUGGUUUCCUAAUGCAUCAUUUU